AUGCACAUCUAUGCCUAUUCUGGUUUUUGGAGAUCGUCCAAAACAAAAGGGUGGAAGUUUCUUGUUGAUGAAGAAACAGGAGGUAGAUUACUUACUUUGGACACAAGCAAAACCUUUGACAACCUAAGAGUUAUGGUUUGUGAGGACUUUGGAACCGAUCUAAACUUGGUCAAUAUCGAGCUGAGUUACUUACCUUCCGAUUUGGUCGGAUUUAACUUGAAUGAAGAGCCUGCUGAGUUGCCUAACAGAGAGGAAGUGGGUAUGUCGGGUGAAGUUUCAGAUGAUAUUGAUGGUGAAGCCGAGCUUGAAGAAGAAGAUGCGAAGAUAGAUGAAAGUGAUGAUGAAAACAAGUGUGAGAAAGAUAUGAUCAACGGAAAGUAUGUCCGUUUUUCUCUGGUUGAUGUUUUGAAGAAGGGUCAACAUUUUACUAGCAAAGCAGCUCUGCAGGCAACAAUGGAAAUAUGCGCAAUGAAACAUAAUUUCGACUACAAGGUUGGCAAAACGGAUAGAAGAGUUUGGUACGUUCGUUGCGCAGAUGAUGAUUGCCGCUGGCGUGUUCGCGCAGAGGGAUUAACAGGUUCUUCAUAUUUUAUCAUCAAAAAGUAUGUACCUGAUCAUUCAUGUUCUCCAUCAUCAAGGAACCACUUUGUUCGGACCGCUUCAUCAAAAACAGUUGGUAGUCUCAUUAAGCAUAAGUACGAAACUGUCAAGGAAGGGCCGAAACCUAAUGAUAUCAUCCAGUUUAUGCGUAAUGAUCAUGGAGUUGAGAUAUCCUACUCUUUUGCUUGGGAGGCACGUGAGUAUGCAGUAAAUGUUGUGAGAGGCAUUCCGGAGAAGGGUUAUGAAAAAGUUCCCAAAUACUUGCACAUGAUGAAAGAAGCUAAUCCAGGAUCACACACAUUUUACGAAACUGAUAGCAAUGGGAGAUUCAGAUUCCUCUUCAUCUCAUAUGGUCAGUCUAUUCGCGGUUUUUAUGCUGCCAUUCGGAAAGUUAUUGUUGUGGAUGGGACUUUCUUGAAGAGCAAAUACAAAGGAGUGUUACUGGUUGCUACUGCUUUGGAUGGAAACCUGAACCUAUAUCCUAUUGCAUUUGGAGUUGUCGACUCAGAGAAUGACCGCUCGUGGGAAUGGUUUAUGAGACAACUUAAUGUUGUCAUUGCUGAUGAUCAGGGUUUAGCUUUUGUGUCUGACCAGAAUACUUCACUUGCUAAAGCUAUUGCAAAAGUGUAUCCGCAUGCUCAUCACGGAAUUUGCAUUCACCACUUGCUGAACAAUGUUGUUACAUAUUUCAAGGGUAAAGGAGUUGCUGGUUUGGUUGCAAAGGCUUCUAAAGCUUACCGAGUUGCUGAUUUUAAGAAGCAAUUCACUGCUAUUUUCUCAAUUAGUCCUGCAAUUGGAACCUAUCUAAUACAAGCUGAUGUGAGAAAGUGGGCUCGUUGUCAAUUUCCGGGUUACAUGUACGAUGUUAGGACCAAUAACCCUGCUGAAUCAAUAAAUUCUGCUUUGCGUUUGCCAAGAGAGUUUCCAGUUAUACCUUUGUUGGACAGCAUAAGGGAAAUGAUGACUCGAUGGUUUUUCAAACGUAGAACUUUAAGUUCUAAACAUAAACAUCCACUGACCGUUGUUGUAGAGAAGAAGAUUGAUCGAAGGAUUGAGAAGGGUAAGAAGUUUCAGGUUUUCCCAGUUAGCGAUGACAGGUUUUUGGUUCGAGGUGACACUUUUGAAUGUAUGGUCGACUUGGUCAGACGCACAUGUUCAUGUGGGAAAUUCGAUCUGAUGAAAAUCCCAUGA